AUGUGUUCAAUUCCCGGGCUUCCAGCACCAGGAACAGAAAUCUCUGUUCUCAUCACGAGGGUGAACCUGAAACCCGACUGUGGUCUUGUGGAAUUAUGGGUAAACAUGGAUGAUGAGAAGAAACACAUUUACGAGCAGAUGAGAGAGGAAAUUCAGGCUCCUCACAGGAAGUUUUCUGGAUUAGAAGGGAAACCAGGGGAUCUCUGUCUGGUCUGCAUCAGCGAAACAGCUACAAAGUUUUUGAUGUCUCUGCCUGGGAAGAAGUUUAAGGGACUCGUUCAAUAUGUACUGAUGCCGGAUAGGACAAUUCUCCUUGACAUACCAGUUGUUUCGAAGCACAUGUGCAAGUCUAGAGUUGCAAAGAAGAUCCCAGUGGAGGAAUUAAAAAAUUUUGUACUGAAAUGCCUAAAUUUGCCCAAUGAUGAGUCUUCUGAGGCCUUUGAUGUAACACAGGAACAGAGCCUGAAUGUUAGCAGCCAAUUUGCUAAACAUAACCAAUACUUUUACCCAGAGCUGCUUACUGACAUUUUGGAAACGGUUUAUGUGACUGAGGUAGUUGAUCCAGAAAAUGUUUUUUGCCAGCUUGUUAUUCUUUCAAAAGCAGUGAAGAUAUUGUCUGAACAGAUCCAUCAACACUAUGAAGAGAGCUCCAGUUUUGGAGAGGAACUUCCGCAGAGCUGUGGGGAUCCAUGUGCUGCUAAAGGGACAGAUGGCAGAUGGCACCGCUCAUUACUAAGGCAAAACAUUGAGAUCUGUGAUGGUGCUGUAAAAGUUUUUCAUGUGGAUGAAGGAAAAAAUGACUUGGUGCCUGUUGAAGACAUCAGGCCACUGGCUGGCAAAUUCCUGAGAAUGCCAGUUAUCACAUAUCGUUGUUCUGUAAAUGGAAUAAAAGAAAAUGGCAGAGAGUGGACUGCAGUGCAGACAGAUUUGUUGAAAUCACUCCUGCUGAACAAGACUGUGGUGGUGACAUUUGACCACUAUGAUGCAACUCAAGAUGUCUAUAAUGUUACACUCUAUGCAGCUAAUGCUACCUGUGUCAACAGUUCUUUUCUGGAGAAUGCAGACUUUAUUCCCCUCCCUAAGCUUGAGCAGGAUUUAAUUGUCCAGAAUGAAUCUCUUAACUCAUCCAUUCUCAGUUUACUUGAAGAUGAACAAUGCAUGAAUUUACAGAACACAGUCCAUGUCAUUCCUGGUGGUGUACCGGAGGGAACUGCGCCAAGCUCUAAAAACAAAAUGGUCAAUGGUGGACAAGAGUGUGCAUCUCCUUCUUGUAACGGUGACAUUUAUACGAAAGCAAGCUCUGAACCUGCAGUAGAUUGCAAUGGGAAUACUGCAUCAAGUUUCUGCUCUGAGUUGCAAAGUGCUUGUCAUGACAGUGCAUUCACUGUAGGAAGUAGUGUCACUGUAAAGGUGUCUUGCAUUGAAAGCCUACAGAAGUUCUGGUGUCAAAUAACAGAAAAUGAGGACUCCCUCAGAUGCCUUAUGCAAGAUCUGCAAAAUCACUAUUUAUCCGCCCGCUCUCAGCCACUUGUUCAGUCCAUCUGCGUUGCCCGUAAUCCAGAUGAUAACAUGUGGUACAGAGCAAGGAUCGUUGCUAAUAGCAAUUCACCUGUUGUAGACGUGAGAUUUAUAGACUAUGGUCAAAUUCAAAAGGUCCCUCUGCAAGAUGUGCACCCCAUUGAUCCAGCUUUCUUGCGGCUAAGUACUCAGGCUUUCCCAUGUUGCUUAUUCAGUCUGAAGAGUUCUACUUAUCCCGUUACCACUACUUGGAAUAGCGAUGCCUUAGCAGAGUUUCACAAGUUUGUGGAUUUAAGUGCGUCGACAGACAAUAGUUUGAAAUGCGUUGUAAAGGCAGUGGAAUCUGAUGAAGAAGGUCUGCUGCUUAAUAUGGUAGACAUUCAGACUGCAUCUGGUAGUGCACGCGAGCUUCUGGAUAAGAAAUGUGCACAGUCUGAGGCACAUCUGCAAUCUCCUCCACAAGUCACAUCUGAUGUGUACAAUUACUCCACAUAUAAUAUUGAGGUGGGUGGUAAAGAAAAUGUGUGGAUAACGUCUUCAGAGACUGUCAGUCACUUCUACUGCCAACUGGACAGGAAUGCCAAAUUGUUUGACAAAUUGAUGGAAAGUGUUGCACAACUCCUUAGCGAGCCACAGCGCUCAGAUCAGACUCUUGGACUCAACAGCUUGUGCUUUGCGAGGUACACUGAUAAUGAGUGGUACAGAGGUCAAGUAGUAGAAAUAACUCCAAAGCACAAAGUGCACUUUGUGGACUAUGGGGGUACUCUUGUAGUCAGUGAAACUGAUAUCUGUCCCUUUCCCACUGAAGCGAUCGCGGCCAGGUCAUUUCCAGCGCAGGCUAUUCCCCUCGGACUGUUUGAUGUCCCUGCAGAAUUUCCCCAGGAGGUCAACCAGUGGUUUGCAGAUCGUGCUGUUGGCCGUAGUUUCACCAUUUCCGUGGCAAAAGUGGAAAAUGGAAAGCUAAUUGUUGAACUGUAUGAUGGCUCAGUGAGUGUGAAUAUGAAAGUCAGAGAGAGGAUGGCUAAAACUAAACUAAACAAAAUAACUGAUGUCAAUCAGCAGACUGACCAGCACCACUUUAACAGCUUGAACAAAGGCUGUUCACCACAAGAAUCAGUAUUGGUGGAGACAGCAGGACAAAAUGGAGUCCAUGGUAACGAUAGGAUGUCUGCUGCAGAUGAUUUAAGGGGGAGUUCAAAAUCCACAGCUAAUGUCGCUUCACCACAGAUUGAGCAUGCAACGGUUUUGGAUGAAGGAACAAAACCGAUAAUGCAUGUCACUCUUGAAGACAAAACUGUGGCAGAGACUUCUGUUCAGAUUUGCCACAGUGACUCAGACACACAGCACUCCAAUUCUUGCCUUGAGAAAAACUUGACCAUCUGCAUGUACAAUUGGCCAAAUAUUUCUCAAAAACAGAUUGAGGACGUGUACGCUUCCUGCAUUGUUGGACCACAUUAUUUCUGGUGUCAGUACAACACUGAAGAUCUCAACAUGAUAUCAAAGCUUGCUCAGGAAACUGGGCAAAUUCAAGACGCAGUUUUUCCUGAGGUACUGGUGCCUGGAAGUCCAUGCCUUGCUCUCUUUUCCAGUGACAAGCAGUGGUACAGAGCUCAAGUAAUUCAAAAGACUAAUAGUACUCUCAAUGUUCUAUUUAUUGACUAUGGAAAUGAGUCUGAAGUUAGCGUUAAAGAUGUGAGGUCAAUACCCCAGCAUCUGCUGGAGAUUCCUCCUCAGGCAUUUCUUUGCUUUCUAGAUGGCUUUGAGUCUGAAGGCUCCUGGGACGAUGACGUGUAUGAUGACUUCUACAAUCUUGUGGCUGAUAAGCCGCUCAAAUUGACAGUCAUUAAUAAGGAAAAGUAUUCAGAGAUGGCGGUUCCUCAAUAUGCAGUGAAUAUUGAAUGUGUUAAGCUGUUCAUCAGUAGCUUAGUGCAGGAAAACAGGAAAUCACUGUCAGGAGAAAAUUCAGAGAACCAGAGAGAGGCACAGCAGAAACUGUUCCCUGAGACUCCUGGUCCAGGCAGUCCAUGCCUCGCUCUGUAUUCCGAUGACAACCAAUGGUACAGAGCCCAGGUUAUUGAGAAAGCUGACACUUCACUGCAUGUUGUGUUCAUUGACUAUGGAAAUGAGUCUCAAGUUGACAUCAGUAAUAUAAGAUCACUGCCUCAGACUCUGUUGGAGAAGGCUCCUCAGGCCUUUUUGUGCUGCUUAAAUGGAUUUAAGGAGUCUGAGGAGUCUUGGGAUGACACAGUUUAUGAUGACUUUUUCAACCUUGUGAUUAAUAAACCACUCAGACUGACAGUAAUCAGCAUCGGAGACCACUCGGACAUCACUGUUCCUCAGUAUCACGUUAAAAUUGAGUGUGAGGGAAUGAAUGUGAACAAACAAAUGCAGAAAUACUGGAAAGGAGAGGCCAGAGAUGGUGCCUUGGCAGAAAGUGUGGAAUCAGUAUACAAGAAUGAAACCAGUGCCAAGGACGAGAUUGACGAGGCUUAA